AUGUCGGUGUUUCAUGUUCAUGAAUGGCUUACGCUUGAAUUAGUUGAUGCUAAUGUUUGUGCAGUCGGUGAAUUAAUCGAGAAACGAGAUCAGUUAGUGGUGGGUAGUUUAACGGGUCGAAUAUGGAUCAUUGAUCCGGGUCGAGCAAACGAUACGAAACAACAGUUGUUGAGCUGUUUGUUAGAGGAAGAUUUAUCUGCUGCCAUACUGGACAUUGCUAUUGCAAAUUUCAUUUCUGGUUUAGAACAAAAUUUAAUUGCCAUAUUAUUGCCACAAAAGCUAGUAAUUUAUCAUCUUAUUUCAGAUGGAGAAAUUUAUCAAUUAAAUAUCACCUAUGAACAUACUAUUACUGCCAUAGCAUAUAAUAUGUGCAUUGGUACAUUUGGCGGUGCGACUACAGCGCAAAUAUGUGUUCAAGAUAUGACGUGUUCAAUGAUGGUUUUUGAAGCGGAACAUCAAAUUUUUCAUCGUUCGGUUAAUUUAACAACCGCUCUACAACCAGGUCCAAUCUGUUAUUCACCUCAUUCUGAUUCAGUCAUUAUAGCAUCAUCUUCUGCUAUUUUAAUUUCAUACAAAUAUUCCGUUCUUGCUACCGCAUCAAGUGGAAAAAGUGGAAAAAAAGUUGCCGCCAAUUGGACAUUUAAUCUUGGCGAUUAUCCAUUAGAUUUAGAAGUGAUUAAUACAUCACUCGUGCAACCAUCCAUUAUUAUCCUAUGCAAGAGAACAUUGUUUUGUUUAACUCAUGGUGGCACCUUAAGAUUUACAUAUCGUUUACAGUGUGUUGCUACUUCACUUCUUGUUUAUGAUUUCACAGAUGAUGCAUAUAUAAAAUUAUGCAUUUCUACAGCUACACAUAUGUUACUUUUUUUGAAAGAUACAAUUUUAAUUUGGGCGGCACAACUUCUACAAAAUGCAAUUCAAAUUCGAUUAUGUACAUUUAGCUUAGUAUAUCGUUCGAUGCUGGUGAUUUUAUCAAAUUCCCGAAUAUCCGUUAGUUAUUUGGGUACCGAACCAUCGUUAUUUCGUCUCCCAGCGCCACAAACACGCUUUAUUGAUUUUCAACAGCGUUACAAAGAAUUUAUUGAACUUGAAGCAUUAAUACGCAAAAAACCGCUCGAAUCAACCGAAGGUAUUAUAUGGAAAAAUCCAUUAACAUUGAAUUGCUCAUACGAUGGCUUUGAUUCCAAAUCGAGAGCGGAAAAAUCAUCAGAGGAAGUUCCAUCUUUAACGUUAAAUAUUGAAUUAUUAAGUGAAGUACGCCUCGUUGACGUUAAACUGAUAUGCUCAACAGCAUUUCAUAUUGAACACAAAUAUGUAUCAUUUCCUGAUAUUGGUGAUGUGAUCAGUAAAGAAGUAAAAAUGCCGUUAAAUUUAAUGUGUCAUGCAGUAAAUAGUCAGCGAAAUUCACAAUAUAAAGUAACCAUCGAAUCAUCAUUACCUGUGCUUGACUUAACACAAGUAUUUCCAGAAUUUGAAACUGAAAAUAGUACAGCAAUUGGUUUUCGACCGUAUCUAUCAGAAAUGAUUAUUUCAAUUUAUACAUCUCAGAAGUAUAAGCGUUAUCGAAUUCAAGCCGAAAGCCUAAAUUUUAUUUAUUUAUUUGUGGAUGAAUUAAUCAAACGAAUACAAACGAAACAACCGGAAGUAAAAUUGAACUGUACACUUUCAUUAGAUCAGAUUCUUCAUGAAAUAAAUGUAUAUGCUGAGCAUGAAAAAAGAAAGAUGGAGGAAGAGAAAGAAUUGGAACGAUUCUGCACUCUUUUACGUAAUGUUCAAGUGGCUAUUUUAACAAAACUUAAAGGAGAGCGACCAACAGAAGUGGAUCAUUUGAAUACUUUAUUAAAUUAUACAUAUCAACAGAUAUUAUGCUGUGUGGAUCGUUUAGAACAGCUAAAUGAAACAUUACGUUCUGCUAGCUUAUCAGUAUCAGCGGCACUUAAUUUAAUAUAUUUGAUAACUUUCCUUAAGGGAAAUCCAUUACCUUUGGAUGGUACUAUUGUCAGUAAUUCUGGACAGUCGAUUUGGGAACGUAUCAAAUGGACAAUAUCAACAUUUAAACCGAUCGAUUUAAAUAUUGAUUUUUCAUCAAAUGAUUUAAGAUAUUUUCUACAAAGUGUUUGUGAAGGUAACUGUAGUACAAUGGCAUAUAUACGUGAGGAUAGUAAAGAAGAAGAAAAAGAUACUGAUAACGAUGAUAACGAUGAACCGCAGCAAUCCGAAUCAAUCGUUGAUCCUUUAAUUUCCGGAAUACCAUGUACAAAAGAAGGUGCUAAAAUCAAUUUGGCGGACGUAACACGUGGUUUAGUUACGUCACCUUGUUAUCAUUGCAUAUGUAAGAAUGGUAUAAUAACAUGCAUAUUAGAGAAAUGUGAAUCAUUAACGAAUUGUCCAACAGUGUGGAAUCGUAAUAAUAACACCUGUUGUAUGAAAUGUUUACAUUGCAUUCAUUUGGGUAUUAAACGAAAUAAUAAUCAAAUUUGGAUGAGUAUGCAAGAUGUGUGCACACAAAUCUCAUGCAAAGCUGGUGUUAUAACAAGUUGGCGGAUUCAGUGUGUAUCAAAUUGCUCAAAUGGACGUUUAUUAGCUGGAUUUUGCUGUGAAUUAUGCUUAAAACCAAUAGAAGCUAAUGAUCAAUGUGUUCGAUGUGACCUGGUAUUAAAUCGAUGGUGUUGUCCGGAAUGUAAAAAUCAUACAGUUAUUUCGAAAGAUUCAAAUCUAGCAGUAUCAAAUGGUUCACAUUGCUUCUUUCGUGGACAACACUAUCAAGUGCACAAUACAUUUCGCAUAGAUUCAUGCUCACGUUGCUCUUGUCAACCAGGUGGAAUUAUUUGUAGAAGAUUUGUUUGUCCACUGAAAGAAUGUGAUAUGACGCACAUAUUUUAUAAACCUAAUGUUUGUUGUCCAUUUUGCUAUCGAAAAAAAAAUCCAUGCAAAGGAAUGGAUAUUAACGGAAAUGAAAUGCUAGUGGAGCAUGGUACAAAAUGGACAUUGGAUAGUAAUUGUCUUAAUUGCAUAUGCAUUAAUGGAUAUAUAAAAUGUAAAAAAAUAGAUUGUCAAUGGAAAGGAAAGUGUCCCCAAGGACGACGUUUUAAAAAAGUGAAUGGAUCAUGCUGUCACCAAUGUGAGCUAAAGGAAAGUUCAUGUAUUAUAUUUGGUGAUUUGCGAUAUUUAACAUUUGACAAAUUUGGUUAUUCAUUUCACGGAACAUGCAACUACAUUCUUGCGCAAGAAUGCUCACAAAAUGGGAUUGAUCCACAGUUCAAGAUAAUUGGUAUAAAUAGUGGAAAAGCAGCAUUAAUGUGGACACGACGUGUAAUUAUUUACAUUUCACUUUUCAACGGAACUUUCUUUACGAUACAUUUAUUACCAAAAAAGGUUAUACGUGAACGUACAAAUAUAAUUAGCAUACCACACGUCCGCUAUAGUGAUUGGCCAGAAUACCGAGCUUUUGAAGAUCCUACCACCGGACAUAUUAUCGUUUCAUUUAAAUUGAUCGGUUUGAAAGUAAUUUGGGAUGGGAAAUCAUUUAUUGAAAUUAUCCUCACCAGACGACAUCAAUCCAAGGUUUGCGGCUUAUGUGGUAAUUUCAACGGUGAUCCCAAUGAUGAUCUGACAUCUCGUUAUGCAAGUUCAUCAAAUCAGUCCAUAUCACAUUUUGCCCGAUCGUGGGCCUAUGAUAUUUCAUGCAGACAACAUCAAACAAAAAGAAAUGAUCUUAAUUAUAUUAACUAG